CACAUGAGCCCUCCAAACUACAUGACUGUUUGUCCUCUGUGCUGUAAUCCGUUUCUUUGACUUUAGUUAGUGGUCAUGUUUUGUAUUUGUUUUGCAUGUGCCCCAGUUUGAAAUGUAAAAACAUUGGGACCACUAUCACAACUUUAACCUCCGUUCACUGACUCAUGGAGGUCCUGAUGUUUUACACUGAAAACACUUUGUAUGUCAUGCUCUGUCUGUGCCUGUGUGUGUGUGUGUGUGUGUGUGUGUGUGUGUGUGUCUCUCCCGGGUUAACCUGUUGUUUUCUUGGUUGUCAGGGCGACUCCGAGUUUGCUCGCAUCAUGGGUAUAGUGGAUCCCAACGGCAGCGGCGCCGUCACCUUCCAGGCCUUUAUUGACUUCAUGUCGAGGGAAACGACCGACACGGACACCGCGGACCAGGUCAUCGCCUCCUUCAAGAUCCUGGCUGCUGAUAAGACCUUCAUCACCGCCGACGAGCUGAGGAGGGAGCUUCCCCCCGACCAGGCGGAGUACUGCAUCGCCCGCAUGGCGCCCUACACCGGGCCCGACGCUGUCCCCGGAGCCCUCGACUACAUGUCCUUCUCCACCGCCCUGUACGGAGAGAGUGACCUGUAAAGGAGGAAGAGGAGGGCUGGACAGAUGGGGGGGGGGGGUGGGGGGGGGGGGGUCUUUCUGUUCGCAGAGGAGACGCCAGGAAUGGAAGGUUUUUGGAAGGAUUUGAGUGGUUGUGAGGUGCCCCUGCGUGUGCCGGUUUAGAAAUCAUCAGAAAAAGGAUUCAGAGAUGUUGAUUGGACUGUAGUUUUGGUUUUUGGCUCUGCGGGAUGUUUUUCAGCUCCGUUACGUCGUUUUCAGGUCGAGAGGGAUCGAGGUCAAUUUGUCAUAAAGUUUCUAUAAACGCCGUCUCCGGGGGGGGAGGGGCAGCUGUGGGGACGAGGGGGACAGACGUCUACGGUGCGGGUCCUUAGCUUCACCCUGUCUGCCUUCAUGGUGGU